AGAAGGAUCCUGAGCAGUCAUGUAUACCAGACAUGUUACCAGGAGAGCACUUAUCUGUGGAUGGGGAGGAGCAAAAAACAAGCCAGACUAAAGGUAGCGCGUCUCUAAAAUCAGCCCAGGAAAUCCUUUCAGUGGGUGACCCUGUUAGCAGAGGAAAUACCAUCACCACUGAUCUUAUCAGCUCUCAGCCUCUGCCUGCUGUUUCUCCACCAGCAGAGGCCUCACAGGAGGCAGCAGCGUUUAAGAAACAUACAUCUGACCACCAGCAGAAGCCCGUGUGUCCACGGUGUGGCCUCACAGCUCCAGAUGACAGACUGCAGGGCUCCAGGUUGUCAGUGCACAGCGGCAGCAGGAGCAGUAAAAGGAGAAGGGAGACAGGUGCUGCGGCUGGAUCACACCAAACUGCGGCUACACCUGCUGACACGUGCUUUCACCUGCUGCUGGCGUGCCUGUGGUGCCACUGCUCCGUGCUGCUCCUGGGUCUCAUGGAGGCUUGCUCGUCAUGCCUUCACGCCCUCUGCUCCUCCUGCUGCCACGCGUGCACCCGCUGCUGUUCAGCCGUUCAGGAGGUUCCCGUGGAGGAGCUCAACUGCCACGCCCACUGCCACUCCGUAUUGUUCGAGUCCUGCUGCGAGCCAACCGAGUGUCUCGAGUUUUGUCUGGAGUGUUGCGAGAUCUGCCAUCGCAGCUAGGACACUAAAGACUGUGGGCCAAUAAGAGAAAGUAACACUAAUGUGGGAUUUAUUAGUAUACUGAUGUUGGUUUUGAUUAACUAUCAUUUUAUUAACCAUGAUGUAAACAUAUGAGUAAAUGUGAGAUGUGAUGAGUCAAU